GCAAUAAAUUCCUUUCCUCUAGUACAAACAUCUCACAAUCUUCGUCGGUUUCACUUUAUUGUUUUCAAACCCUUUAAUCUUUCUCUGCUAAUUUGGACUAAUUUGAGUUUAACAAGAAACAUGUGCUUCACUUUCACUUCUUCACCUUCUUUGAGGUUCAACUCUAACCAUAACCUUAAACUCAAUCAUUUCUCAUUCCUUUCAUUCUUAGUUCUUCACCUAUAAAUAACUGCUUCUACUCAUUUCUCUCCUCAUUCACAUUAAAGUUUAAGUCUUUCGAAGUUUCAAGAGAGAUCUAGGCGUUUUAACCAAUUGGGUUGUGGAAAAAAACAAACUUUGUUUCUGGGUUUGUAGUUCAACAAUUUUCGUCAAUCUUUACUAAUUCAGUGACCCUUUGAGGAGAAAAUUAAAAGGGUAUCCUUAAUUUAUGAAAUCUCGUCCUUUGAUGAUGUUUGCUGGAAAUGGGUUGUUUUAUCCCAUUUUGGGUUUUGCGUCUUUUGUGGUUUUUAUUUACAUGUCUUUUGGAGGGUUAAGGUUUAGUCUUGAAGAGGAGAAAGAAUUGGGGUUUGUGAUGAGGAAUGGGACACAGUUUAUGUUGGAUGGGAAAGAGUUUUAUGUGAAUGGGUGGAAUUCUUACUGGUUGAUGGAUCAUUCUGUGGAUUUUUCUUCGAGAUUUAAGGUUCGGGAAAUGAUGAAAAUCGGUGCUAAAAUGGGACUCACUGUUUGUAGAACUUGGGCUUUCAAUGAUGGCCAUUAUAAUGCUCUUCAAAUUUCACCUGGUCACUUUGAUGAACAAGUUUUCCAGGCUUUGGAUUAUGUCAUAGCAGAAGCAAAGCAAAAUGGAGUCAGGCUGCUUCUUAGCUUAGUAAAUAACCUGCAACCAUAUGGUGGGAAGAGUCAGUAUGUCAAAUGGGCGUGGCAAGAAGGCGUAGGAUUAAGCGCGUCCAAUGAUUCUUUCUUCUAUGAUCCAUCAAUCCGUAGCUAUUUCAAGAAUUACAUCAAGACUGUUUUGACAAGGAAAAAUACUUUCACCGGAAUUGAAUAUAGAAACGACCCCACCAUUUUUGGAUGGGAAUUGAUUAAUGAGCCUCGUUGCAUGACUGAUCGUUCCGGAGACACUCUCCAAGAAUGGAUAGAAGAAAUGUCGGCUUUUGUGAAAUUGAUUGACAAGAAACAUAUGCUGACUAUUGGGAAUGAAGGAUUUUAUGGUCCUAAUGACCCAAAAGAUUUGACUGUCAAUCCUAAUUAUUGGGCGUCCAAACUCGGGUCUGAUUAUAUCCGGAACUCCAAAGUCUCUAAUAUAGACUUCACCUCAGUUCAUAUCUACCCGGAUCAAUGGUUUCAUGACGAUGAGAAAGCAAUUGAAACUCAACUUAAAUUCGUCUACAAGUGGAUGCUAUCCCACAUUGAAGACGGCGACGAAGUACUAAAGAAGCCGGUCUUGUUCUCCGAAUACGGAUUAUCAAAGACGAACGAGAACUUCACCAUAUCCGCCCGAGAAAAGAUGUACGAAUCAAUUUUAAACAUCGUUUACAAAUCCGCAAAGAGAAACAGGUCUGGAGCAGGUGCUUUGGUUUGGCAAUUCUUAGUUAGCGGAAUGGAAGACUACACCGAUGAAUAUGGGAUAGUGCCGGGGGAAAGUCCGUCGACGCAGUCACUAUUUAUAAAACAUUCAUGCAGAUUGGCGAAACUCAAGGGAUGGAUUUCUCAACAGGAUGUAAAUUUCAAACAACUUUGUUAGCAGAGGAAGUGGAAAUUAAAGUUUACUAUAUUAUAGAAUAGAAAUGUUGAGAAAUAUUGAUGAGUGAGGCUUUGUGCAAUAUCAUACUUUCAGUUUUUCAUGUCCAAGUCCUAUACUUCAUAGGAAUGAGAAUGACCAGUUGAGUGUAUAGUGUGGUAACUUGGAUUAGAGAUUUUUAUAGACAAAGGUGUUGUUUACAAUAAUUGAAUCUAAAAGUAGUGAAAGUUUUCCUUA